AUGAAGUCUCUUUUAUUGUAUACGCUUGCCCAAACCGCGGCAGCAGGCAGCUUCAACGUCCUCUCCUUCAACGUUGCCGGCCUCCCCGAAAUCCUCAACAGCAACGAAGUCCCCGGCGACAAAACAACAAACACCGAAGCCAUUGGCGCCAAAUUCGCCGAAUACGACUACGAUGUGAUCCAUGUGCAGGAGGAUUUCAACUAUCACGCCCACCUGUACAAAACAGACACUCACCCCUACCGCACUGCGACAUCGGGCGGGGCAGGCAUCGGGUCUGGCUUGAAUACGCUGUCCAACUAUGACUGGGUGGAUUUCGAGCGUGUCAAAUGGGCGACGUGUUCGGAGGCGUCAGGGGCGGAUUGUCUCACGCCAAAGGGGUUUACAGUUAUGAGAGUGAGGGUUGAAGAGGGUGUUUAUCUGGAUUUCUAUAAUCUGCAUGCUGAUGCGGGAUCCGAAACAGAAGACGUCAAAGCAAGAAGUGCCAACCUGCAACAGGUGGCCGAUCACAUCCAGACCAACUCGGCCGGAAAUGCCGUCCUCGUCUUUGGCGACACCAAUGCCCGGUAUACAUCGUCUGGCGAGAACAUCCGCGUCUUCACGCAGGAAAACAACAUGGCGAAUCCCUGGAUCGAUCUGAUUCUGCAUGGAGACAUCCCGCCCCAAGACGACAAUGCGCGAAUAUGCGAGAAUCCCAACAAGAACAACUCCUGCGAGACGGUGGAUAAGAUCUUCUACCGCGGAAGUCGAGUGAUGGACCUGCAGGCUACGUUCUGGAAAUACGCCGACUAUGACUUUUUAUCCAGCAAUGGGACGAUUCUGUCGGAUCACAAUCCCAUCACGAGUAACUUUACUUAUUCGCUGUCUGAUUCUCUUCGUCAGAGUGAUCUAUUCGGUGGUCCACAUGGAACCUGGUUCAACGACCUCACUUCCAUCCCUGAUUCAUCCACCGGCUCGAAUAAACCCCAGAAAAUCACUCUCCGUGGCGACAACCGUCUCGAUGCAGUCAGUCUCUUCACCUCUGGAUCAAAUCACACACACGGCGGCGACGGCGGAACAGUCCAGGAACUCAGCCUAGCAGACGACGAAUACUGGACGCACACCACAAUGUGCCAGGGCAAACACAACGACCAUACACGGAUCUUCUCCCUUUCAGCAACAACCAGCAAGGGAAAGACAGUCAGUGCCGGGACAAAGACGGAGGAUUGCAAAGACUUUGUGGCUGAGGAUGGAUGGCAGGUGGUUGGGUUUUAUGGACAGGAUGGAGAUGAAAUUGACCAGCUGGGGCUGAUUUACUCUUUGCAAUAA